AUGCCACCCAAAACCAUGCGAGCCGUAGUCUUCAAAGAACCCUACAAAGUAGCCGUCGAAGAUCGACCCGUGCCAACCCUCAAACACCCCACCGACGCAAUCCUCCGAGUCACAUCCACAGCUCUCUGCGGCUCCGAUCUCCAUUUCUACCGCGGACAUUUGAAAUGUCCUACGGAUUUCAUCUGUGGGCAUGAAUUCGUCGGGGAGAUUGUGGAGAAGGGGGAUGCUGUGAGCAAGUUUAAUAUUGGGGAUAAGGUUGUUGUGCCGUUCUAUACCGCUUGUGGGGAKUGUUGCGAACUCUUUGGCAAUUCUGCUCCGGCCAAUACUGUUGAUGGCGGGCAGGCGGAAUAUGUUCGUUGUCCACUCGCGGACUCCACAUUCGUUGCUGUUCCCAAGGGUAUUCCCGAAGAGAUGCUCGUUUUAAUGGCCGACAUUUUCCCCACGGGUUACUUCGCCGCCGCCCGCUUCCUCAAGAAUCUCUCCGCGAGGGACAAGAAAGAGUUUACGGUGGUUUGUGUAGGCUGUGGACCGGUGGGAAUCUGUGCCAUCACAUCUGCAUUGACGAUGGUGGAUACGGUCUAUGCUAUUGAUAGUGUGGACGAGAGAUUGGAGCAGGCGAAGGRGUUGGGUGCGAUUCCGAUCAAGUUGGAUGAUGAUCCUAUUGGGAAGAUCAAGGCUGCUACGGAUGGGAGAGGAGCGGAUGUGGUGAUUGAAGGUGUUGGACAUGCGGAUGCUUGGCAGUUGAGCUUUGAUAUGUUGAGGCCGUGGGGAAGUAUCAGCAGUAUUGGCGUGCACACGGAAACCUGGCCGAUCAACGGAUUGUUGAUGUACGGGAAGAAUGUCACCAUGGCUUUUGGUCGAUGUCCCGUUCGCUCCAUCUUUGAAGAGGCGCUGGAGGUGCUGGUGCAAGAGCAGAAUAAGGUGGCCUUUUUGUGUGGAAAGACGAUGAGUUUGGAAGAUGCACCACAGGCUUACAAGGACUUUGRGGCGAGAAAGGUCAGCAAGAUUGUCUUCAAGAUCGGAGAUGUUGAGGAGAAGGAAAUCACUGCGGCAAAGUGA